GAAUGCAUAGUACAGUAUUCACAGCAGUGCUUACAAUGUUAGAUAGAGGGCGGUACUAAAAUAUUUUUCCAGCAAAAAAACAAAAGACCUAUAACCCACACGCGACGAAAUACUGCGUAUCAGUUGUGUGUCGACUCACGGACACGACACGAGACGAGAAGAACCAACGUCGACGCGUGUCGCGGACUCUACUCGAUCACGGGACAGCGCCAACCGGAUCAGCAAAUGCCCCCGUAGCCAGCGCCCUUGCAGCCCGGGGUCAUCGUGAGCGCGCAGUUUGAGAACAGAGAACUCUGCCAAAAGAACAUAAAGAAACGCCAUGGCUGCGUGGUGGACGAGGAUCACCCGCUUCCGUCCCCUCUCUCUGCUACUCCGACCGGCACCGCCCGGAUUCGCUCGCGUUGCCGGGGCCGGGACGCGAAUUCCUACCUGGACCGAGACGCGCACCGGGACCGGCGCCGAGACGCGCGCACUGCGCUGGGCGCACGGCGAGGCGGCGGCUCCCGGGGUGGUGACUCCUCCCGUGGCGGAGAAUUUGCGCUCACCGGAAGAGCUGACGGGGCCCGGCUUCUUCUCCAUCAUCUACUGGGUCUUGUGCCGAAACGAGAACGCGCACCUUUUGCAGGUGGAAUGCAAAAAUCGUUAUGGACCUAUGUGGAAGUCAAAAUUUGGGCCGUACACGGUGAUUAGCGUGGCCGAUGCAGACCUCAUUGAGCAGGUUAUCCGCCAGGAGGGGAAGUACCCCAUGAGGUUCGACAUGAAGAACUGGACCGACUACCGGGACCUGCGCGGAUACGCCUAUGGGCCCUUGACCGAGAAUGGAUCCAAAUGGAACCACCUCCGUUCCGUGCUUAACCAGAAGAUGCUGCGGCCGCGCGACAUGAUGGCGUACGUCAAGCCCAUCAACGAGGUGGUGACCGACCUGCUGGCGCGGCUGCACAUGCUCUCGGAGAGCAAUGGCGGCAUGGUGAACGACCUUGCCAAUGAGUUUUACAAGUUUGCCUUUGAAGGCAUCUCUACCGUGCUGUUUGAGAAACGGCUCGGCUGUCUGGAGCAGCCGGUCCGGGAAGAGACGCAGGUGUUCAUCAAUGCCGUCAGGACUGUCUUUGUUCACUCGGAGAAGAUAUCGCUUAUUCCCACGUGGAUUCGAAAUUUCCUGCCGUUAUGGAAGCACUACUGCAACGCAUGGGACGUGAUCUUUUCAUUCGGAAUGAAAGAGAUAGACAAGAAGAUGAUCAAGAUCAGCGAGAUGGUGGCACGAGGCGAGCCUGUGGAGGGCGAGUACCUCACGUACCUCCUGUCUAACGGCAAGCUGACUGAACACGAAAUCCACGGCAGCAUCGCCGAGUUGCUGAUGGCUGGAAUUGACACCACGUCCAACACCAUGUCCUGGGCCCUCUACCACCUGUCAAGAGAGCCCCACCUGCAGGAGAGGCUGCACCAGGAGGUCGAGGGCGUCUGUCCAGGGGACACCAUCCCCAAUGUACAAGAUCUGGCCAAAAUGUCAUUCCUUAAGGCUGUCAUCAAAGAGACUCUCAGAUUGUAUCCAGUGGUGCCUUCGAACUCGCGCCUCAUUGGGGAAGGAGGAUCGAAAGUGGGCGGAUAUGUCUUCCCCAAAAACACACUGUUUCAAUUGUGCCACUACGCGGUGUCACACAAUCCUGAAAUAUUCCCGGAUCCGGAGGCAUUCAAGCCCGAGCGCUGGCUGCGUAAAGGCACCAUGUUGGCGCACCCCCCUUUCGGAUCCAUUCCGUUCGGGUUUGGCGUGCGGGCAUGCGUCGGGCGGCGCGUGGCUGAGCUGGAGAUGUACCUCACCUUAUCCCGUUUGAUCAAGGAGUUUGAGGUUCAGAGGGACCCGAGUCAGAAGAAGAUUUUACCACGCACGUGCACAGUCAUGAUCCCCAGUGAAUCUAUUAAUCUUAAGUUCAUUGCACGCAAGUGAGGAUGUCUCUUGCUCAAAAUGUUUGUGCAGCAUAUUUUACACCUUGCAGGGUGCAGCAAAAUUGGCCUGACCAAGUGACGUUUUACAUGUGCAUUUUGGGGCAGACAUUCGCACGUUUGUGUCAUCAGCACUGCAUACACGUUUUAUCUCCAUUAUAUAUAACGCAAAGUUGUGAAUGUGUGUCUGUUCAAAAUGUUUAGCAUACUUCCCGACAUGCAACAAACUGGAAAUUUUCCAUGUGGGUACUUUCCAGACUGUACACCAUGCAAAAAUUAUGAAAAUACACUUUAGUUUUUUGGGGGGGGGAGGGGGGGGGGCUCAAUAAUGCAGAUAUUUUUUGCACGGCAAGUGAGCUGUGACGUCAAAUCUGUCACGUGACCCGCGCACGUGGAAGCGUAACGCAUUGUAGUGUAGUGGUUAGCGCGCCGCGCUACGAACCCGGUGACCCGAGUUCGAUUCCCGCUCACGGCCACCACCGGUGACGAUUAUUUCAACCGGUCCUGGGCCUCCCCUAGGUCGACUCAAACGAGUAACUGGUGUGGUGUGUGAAUAUCGCCACUGGGGAGACAAAGGCGGCCGGGUGUGGUGCUGCCACCCACCCACUCGUAACAUAUAAAGAGUGCUUUAAUGAUGAACACAAUGCAUAUUUUCAUUUAUGUAUAUUUCAACAAGUUUUUUUUUUUUGAACGUGAAGUUAAUAUUCACAAAAUACAUUUAAAUUUUACCAAUCCUUUAUUGCAUUGAACAAAACUAUAAUGAUUUAUAUAUGUAUUUGAAUAUACUAUACUGAUUUAUAUUUAAUUUCGGGAAAAUGUCAAAACUGGGUGGUUUUUAACUUUUGCCGACAAAACUGGAUCCCAAAUGUCAAAACUGGGUGCACCCUGGGUGGCCAAAAACUUGAGUUUUGGACACUCAGGGUGCACCCAGUUUUGACAUUUGUCAAAUACACUUGAUAAUUGUAUACUAGCACAGUGUGCCAGCACCCCAUUCAUCCAAACACUUGGUAUUUGUAUACUGGCACACUGUGCCAGCACCCCAUUCAUCUAAACACUUGGUAUUAGUAUGCUGGCACAGUGUGCCAGCACCAUAUAACUACACACACUUGAUAUUUGUACGCUGGCACAUUGUGCCAGCACCCCAACGAUACGAUGCAUGUGCGGUGUGUUACCAAGUCUCUGCCAUCAACACGACAUGGACCUCGGUUGCCGGUAUCGAGCUGCCCAUUGCCGAGGAGCUGCAACGCGACAACACCAUGAUGCCACCUCCUCGCCAGAAGAAGGCUGGCCGCCCGAAGAAGCGUCGGAUUCGCAACCGUGGCGAAGGUGGCCCAUUGGGCCUCACGCGGUGCUCCUUCUGUCGCGCCAAGGGCCACAACAAGCGCUCUUGCCCGUCGAAGUAGUUAUAUAUAUGUAACAAACAUGUUUUGUUCUAAGUGUGCAGCACCAUACUUCUCGACGCAAACACUAUCUACCGUUGUUCUACUGUAGUAGGUGUAGCAUGCAAGCUGGCACACUGUACCAGUAUACAAAUGGGAAGUUCGUGUAUGUUCGCGAGCUGAAAGUGUUACUGUAGUUGCAAGCUGGCACACUGUGCCAGUAUACAUAUGGCAAGUAAGUGUUACUGUAGUAGCGAGCUGGCACACUGUGCCAGUAUACAAACGGCAAGUAAGCGAGCUGGCACACUGUGCCAGUAUGCAAACGGGAAGUUUGCGGUGCAAGGUAUGGAACAUGAGCCACGAGAAACAUCAUUUGGAACGCUCUAAAUCUGUGGCGACAUAUGGAUGAAUAACGCAAGGACCUAAACGUGUACAAAAUGAUACAUUAAAUCGUACACCUUCUUCACCCAGUUUUGACAUUUGUCCACAUUGAACAUCACCCAGUUUUGUCAUAUCAAAAAGCACCACCCUGUUUUGCCUGUCGUUUUCCAAGACCACCCAGUUUUGACAUUUGGGAUCCAGUUUUGUCGGCAAAAGUUAAAAACCACCCAGUUUUGACAUUUUCCCAUUUAAUUUCAUACAACGGUAAUGAAAUGUUUACUCAGACUAUGUUUGGGUUAAUUUCUCAAAACCAUGUUGCUAAAAAUCUUAAGUUUGGGAUAAAAGUGUAAUUUUUUUAGGGUUAAUAUUUUCAUACUGACGUGAUUAUAUAUAAUGUAACAACAGCUGAGAAACCAUUUCAUUAGCAGUUCACCAAACCCGCAUUUCGACACAAGUGCCAGAAAGGGCUGCAUUACGUUUAGCUGUCACCGUGAACUGAAAGCAGCACUUGUGAAACUACUAAACAUCUUGUGCACAUAGCAACGUCCAAUGUUAGCUUUUGUAAUGUAUAGUAAUGCCAUAAAACCUAAAUACGUUGUUAUUGAGAUGUACCAUUGAAUUUGUUCUAUGUUUUGCUUGGUUAUUUACUAAUUCUCUAUUAACCAAUUCUCUAUAUUGAAAUGUCAUUUAUAGACAGUAUGAUUUACAUAUAAUAAAUACACGUUUGUA